UCGCGAUAUCGGCGUAUAAACGAAAUGCGAUUUUUAGAACGAAAAAUUCAUUAAUAUCGUCCUUUUAAUGUGUUCAGUCUCUUAAAAGAUAUUGUUCAGUGAUUAUCGCGAUGUAUAAUAAGUUUUAAUUUGCGUUUUCUCUAGAAAAGAAGGCGGGAUUAUCAAUGUAUUUGACAGAAGGCGAUUGAUGUGUGGAACGCACGUCGGGACUGGUGAUGCGGUGGCAAAAUGAGACCGGAAUGGCGAUGGAUAGUGGUCGUUUUAAACGUCGUCGGAGCCCUGUCUCCGGUUAUUAAGAUAGGAGCCUUAUUCACGGAGGACGAGCGCGGUGGAAGCGAGGAGCUGGCCUUCAAGUACUCCGUGUACAGGAUCAAUAAGGAGAGAAGCGUCCUGGCUAACAGUACCUUGGUAUACGACAUCCAAUACGCUCCGGCCAAGGAUACGUUUAAGACUUACAAGCGAGCGUGUUCGCAAGUCAAGUCUGGCGCGGUGGCGUUGUUCAGCAGUGGAGGCGACCUCCUCGGAUCGACCCUGGACGCCAUCUGCAGGUCUCUGCACGCGCCCCACAUGCUGGUCGCCCCGCAAACACGGCCUACGUUAAGCAACGAAUCAUUUACGAUAAACCUGUAUCCGCCGAGGGGUUUGUUAAAUGAAGCCUUCGGAGACCUCAUUGGAUAUCUGAAUUGGACCAGAAUGGGGGUUCUAUACGAAGAUUUUGGUUACGGAGAUCUGAGUAUACUGGACAUCGCAAAAGACGGACGCGACAUGUAUGCGGUGCGCUGCGUUGACCCAAAGGACUACAGGAAGUCCCUGAUACAACUGAAGGCUCAAAGGAUAAAGAACGUUAUCGUGGACACUGAUCCCGCGAGGUUUCGGCAGCUGGCAAGAGCCAUCCUACAAUUGCAGAUGAACAGCGAAGAAUACCACUACAUAUUCACGUCCUUUGACAUGGAGCUCUUCGAUCUCGAAGACUUCUAUUACAAUAGAGUGAACAUGAGCGGAUGGAGGCUGGUGGACCGGGACUCUGAUAAAGUAAAGGACGCUCUGCAGGUCAUGGAAAAGUUUCAUCCGAUCGGAGCUUCAAUACUAAGUGGAGGACACAUCAGGACAGCACCAGCACUGCUAUACGACGCCGUCCAGGUUCUAGCCUUGGCGAUGUCCUCCACGGAGCUGGUGCAAACGAAGAACGUCUCCUGCGACAAGGACAGUCCCUGGCCGCACGGAAGGGGCCUGCUGGAGAACAUCAACACGGUUCAAGCCCACGGCCUGACGGGACCGAUACAGCUCAAGGACGGUAUCCGGACCAACUUUAGCCUCCAGCUCAUGAGGUUAUCCGGAGGGGAAACGGGAGGGACAGUGCUGGCUGGUGAAUGGAGACCCGGCGAGGGUCUAGUGAUCACUGAUCCCGCGGCUUACAGACGGGACCCUCCUCCUAACGUCACGCUCACUGUGGUCACCGUUGAAGAAAAACCGUACGUGAUGGUUAAGGAAGGCUGGAACUUACAAGGGAACGCCCGCUUCGAAGGGUUCUGUAUCGAUCUCCUGGCGAGGGUGGCUGCCAGAGCUGGCUUUCACUACCGGCUUCGUCUGGUGCCGGACAAUAUGUACGGAGCUAGGGACCCGGAGACGGGUCAGUGGAACGGCAUCGUGAGGGAACUGAUGGACAGGAAAGCUGACAUUGCCGUUGCGUCCAUGACGAUAAACUAUGCGCGGGAGGCGGUCAUAGAUUUUACGAAGCCUUUCAUGAACCUCGGGAUCGGAAUACUUUUCAAGGUCCCGACUUCGCAGCCCACAAGACUCUUUAGCUUCCUGAACCCCCUCGCCAUCGAGAUAUGGCUGUACGUGCUGGCGGCUUACGUGCUGGUCUCCUUCACGCUCUUCGUUAUGGCUAGGUUCUCGCCGUACGAGUGGUCCACGACCACGCACGUGUGCGGUCACGAGACGAAACUCCUCACGAACCAGUUCAGCGUCUGCAACUCGUUCUGGUUCAUCACCGGCACGUUCCUGCGGCAGGGCUCCGGGCUUAACCCCAAGGUCCCGACUUCGCAGCCCACCAGGCUCUUUAGCUUCCUGAACCCCCUCGCCAUCGAGAUAUGGCUGUACGUGCUGGCGGCUUACGUGCUGGUCUCCUUCACGCUCUUCGUGAUGGCCAGGUUCUCGCCGUACGAGUGGUCCACGACCACGCACGUGUGCGGUCACGAGACGAAACUCCUCACGAACCAGUUCAGCGUCUGCAACUCGUUCUGGUUCAUCACCGGCACGUUCCUGAGGCAGGGCUCCGGGCUCAACCCCAAGGCGACUUCUACGAGGAUAGUCGGUGGAAUAUGGUGGUUCUUCACGUUAAUAAUUUUGUCGUCGUACACGGCGAAUCUGGCCGCGUUCCUGACGGUCGACAAGACCGUCCUGCCGAUCCAGAGCGCUGCCGACCUGGCCGCCCAGAGCACCAUCCAGUACGGGACCCUGAACGGCGGCUCCACCAUGAGCUUCUUCAGGGAUUCAAAUAUCGACAUAUACAAGAGGAUGUGGCAGCAGAUGUCCACAGCAUCCCCACCCGCCCUGGUCUCCUCGUACGAGGAGGGCGUCAGGAAGGUCCUGACCGAGAACUACGCGUUCCUUAUGGAGUCCACGAUGCUGGACCACAGAGUGCAGAGGGACUGUAAUCUGACACAGAUCGGAGGCCUUUUAGAUUCCAAGGGCUACGGAAUAGCAACCUGGAAGGGCAGCCCGUGGCGCGACAAGAUAUCCCUAGCGAUCCUCGAGCUCCAAGAGAAGGGCGUCAUCCAGAUCCUGUACGACAAGUGGUGGAAGAACACGGGGGACGUCUGCAACCGUGACGGGAAGGACAGCAAGGCCAAUCCGCUCGGUGUGCAGAACAUCGGGGGUGUCUUCGUUACUUUACUGUGUGGUCUGGCGCUUUCCAUAGUGGUGGCCAUACUGGAGUUCUGCUGGAACACCAGGAAGAACGCGUCCCAGGGGAGGCAGUCCCUCUGCAGUGAAAUGGGACAGGAGCUGCGCACGGCGAUGCGCGGACGCUCCUCCAGCCGGACCGUGCUGAGGCCGGGGUGCUCGCGAUGCUCCCCCAACACGCACGUGCCCCCGGCGCCCUCCAGAUACGAGAUCCAAGACGGAGGCAGUAGCUCGGUCGAGUUGAAGGAGCUUCGGUGGUCGUAGCACAAGUCGCGGCGGGGAGCCUCCUCCGCCCCCGCCACACCCGCGCGCCGCCCGCCCCCGCGCUGUACCCCCGCGCGCCAUCCGACGGGCAGCUUGAGAAGGACAAUGUCCUACGUACUCAAAGAGCCGAGAGAAACGAAAAAGCACGUUCAAAUUGUUAUAUAGCCAUCUCUGUCUAAAUAAUUCGACUAGUCCUCUAUUUAGCGUUAGAUCCAGGAGCACGAGGUCCGGUAGCGAAAAGAAAAAUCAACCAAAAAUGACAGACGUCAAAUUUGACAGCUGUCAUUUAAAAAAGGGGCCUCGAAGCCUUCUUGAAAGUUUUUGGCAGGAACGUGAAAAGCGACGUUGUGUGUAUUAUUUUAUUUUGUCUAUUUAGUGUUUCUACAGGUUUCAAUAUGUAUAAAAGUAAGAGUGGUUUAUUAACUGUUUAGUAUCUGGGAAAUUGUACAAAUGUGGGAAAAUGAAACAAAGACGUCAAGACGACGACGUUCCAAAAAGUCCAAUGAAAAAGUCUCGAUAGAUAACCACCAUUUUACUGAGAUUAUAUUUCGUCUCUUAUCAUCUUGUUACACUUAAUUUCAUGCAAUGUUUCAUAUUAAUCAACUUGAUUUCAUUUCUCUUCGUAUUAUUUUUCAUUAA